UAGAAUAUAUUAGAAUUUAUUGAUAGCUUCAGUAGUCGAUUUUUGAAAUCUAUUUCCAUAAGUCAGAGUAGGGCUACGAUUAGCAAUAUGAAGGUUUAUAGAAAUUCGUAUUCAUAUAAAAUACAAUAAAAAAGAAAAAAAAAAACAUGGAGACAUGCAACAGCCUGAACAGCCUAUCGGAGGCUGCUUCAACAUCAUCGCCAACUACUUGCCGAGAUCUAUGGGCUGGCCAAGCAGUAUCUGAGGUCCAAUGAGAUUUGCCGUGCUAUUGACAUUUGUCCGGGUACUGCACCUGAACCGGAGCCAGCGCUAUCGAGCGCAGUCUGGAGCGAGCUGACUGAGCGCACAAAGUGCAAGGAAGUGAUGCAACAUGUGCGCGCUUCUAUACUGAAAGGCUCAACAGAGGCUCAGUUCAGGGAGAAACUAAAUGGCCUAUGCAUUGGAUGGCACGUCGAGCAGGCUGAGUGCAAGCUGCUCGUUGACGAGUACUCUCACACUCUCUAUAGUUUAUUGAAUAGUUCAAUGAAUGACGAAAGCAUAUGUCGAAUGGUGGGAUUGUGCAGCAAGAACAAACAGUUGACACCAGUUAAACUGGAAAUUAAACUCUUAGAUGACAAUCACGGCGAGGAACUGCAGUCAGGUGCUGCCCAGUCUGUCGACUGUGAACUCUGUGAAAUAGUGAUCCUGAAGAUGCGUGAACUUAUGAAACACCAUAGUGAUAUCAAAAUCGCAUUGGGUCAUGUCUGUUAUCUGCUAGAGACGAACAACCUGGGAAACCAAUGUAGAAAGAUGUUGAGGCAGCACUCCGAUUCGAUUAAGAAACUAGUUUUGUCGAAUGAGGCGAAUCAUCAGAUUUGCAGAGAACUAAACAUGUGCCUAUUGUACGAGGCUCAGGAUGCUGUGAAUGUUGAUGAGACUCUUCACUCGCUGCCCGAGCAGCGUAUAAAAUAUAUAAUGCUAAUAUAUUACCUAAUAUUUACCGCUCAUUCGCAGUCGAUGUAG